AUGAAGAGAUAUACAGAAGGGGAGGAAGGAGAGACGGCGAGCAUGAACGUGGCUAAUGUCCUUAUUCUCCUCUCUUUCGGCGGCUGCGACGGAGAGGAGAUCGUCGACGUCUCGGCGCGCACAUCCCCUGCAGACAGAGUUUUCGAGUGCAAGACCUGCAACCGCCGGUUCCCGUCCUUCCAAGCACUCGGAGGCCACCGGGCCAGCCACAAGAAGCCACGGGUCGCCGGGAACGGGCGCGAGGAACUCGCAAGGGCGAGGGUCCAUGAGUGCUCCGUCUGCGGGCUCGAGUUCGCCAUCGGUCAGGCCUUGGGCGGUCACAUGCGGAGACACAGGGCGACGGCCAACAGCUUUCCGCAGGGCUCCUGCCUCCAAGAGAAGAAACCGCGCGAGGAGAAGGCCUUGUGGUUGGAUCUGAACGCGCCACCGUCCGAGGGCGAGCGCGACUGCCGGUAG